AUGGUUCAAGAAAAGAAGCUAGUCGAUGAAGUGUCCGGUUGGCUUAGAAUCUACGAUGACGGUUCGGUGGACCGGACAUGGUACGGUCCACCUGAGGUCAAUUUCAUGAUUGAACCGGUUGCUCCCCAUGAGCAUUUCAUUGAUGGAGUUGCGAUUCGUGAUGUUACCAUGAACACUAUCACCGAUGACAACUUCAUCCACCGUGCUCGGUUAUACCUACCGGAGAAAACACCAAAGGAAAAUGAGAAAUUGCCUAUACUCGUGCACUUUCACGGAGGCGGUUUUUGCAUUAGCGAACCGGAUUGGUUCAUGUACUAUAAGGUUUACACUCAGUUUGUUAAGUCUACUCGGUCUAUUUGUGUCUCCCCGUUCCUCAGACGAGCCCCGGAGCAUCGUCUUCCCGCUGCCACUGAUGACGGGUUGGCAACGCUCCGUUGGCUUCAAUAUGUGGCCAAGGGAGACACGCGUGACGAGUGGCUUGAGAAGCACGGCGACUUUGACAGAGUUUUUCUCAUAGGAGAUAGCUCUGGAGGAAAUUUAGUCCAUGAAGUGUCUGCUAGAGCAAGCACAACCGACCUGAGACCAGUUCGACUCGCAGGGGCAAUUCCCAUCCAUCCCGGAUAUGUCCGGUCGGAGCGAAGCCGAUCCGAAAAUGAAAUGCCAGAAUCUCCAUUUCUUACACUGGACAUGCUGGACAAAUUCUUGAGUUUAUCACUACCAAUCGGUAGCAACAAGGACCAUCCCGUCACGUGCCCGAUGGGCGAGGCGGCGCCGCCUCUUGCCGGCCUCAAACUGCCGCCAUAUCUUCUCUGCGUAGCUGAAAAAGACCUAUUGAGGGACACACAAAUGGAGUACUAUGAAGCCAUGAAGAAGGCUAAUAAAGAAGUGGAUCUGUUUGUGAGCAAGGAAAUGACACAUAGUUUCUAUCUCAACAAGAUUGCUGUGGAUAUGGAUCCCACAGUCAAUGCUGAAAUGAAUGCACUCAUUGGUAGGGUUAAGGAUUUUAUUGAGAAGCAUUAA